ACUGACGUCCCGUGGAGCCUGGGGCAGCUGGAGGUAAACAGCCAGGAGUGCAAUCCUCCACUCUAUAUUUAACAGCUACCGCGGAGAAGGCAGGAGACAGGCGACAGUGGCGGCUGUUGUCUUCAGGGAGAAGGCCCUUGGAGCCAGGCUGGCACCGGUCUUUGGGUGAGCAGGAUACCAUGCCAGCUUCCCAGAGCCGGGCCCGUGCCCGGGACCGCAACAAUGUCCUCAACCGGGCCGAGUUCCUGUCCCUGAACCAGCCCCCCAAGGGGACCCCAGAGCCCCGCAGCUCGGGCAGGAAGGCCUCAGGCCCCUCUGCACAGCCCCCGCCCGCCGGCGACGGGGCCCGCGAGCGGCGACAGUCACAGCAGCUGCCCGAGGAGGACUGCAUGCAGCUGAACCCCUCUUUCAAGGGCAUUGCCUUCAACUCCCUGCUGGCCAUUGACAUCUGCAUGUCCAAGCGGCUGGGGGUGUGCGCCGGCCGGGCUGCGUCCUGGGCCAGUGCCCGCUCCAUGGUCAAGCUCAUUGGCAUCACAGGCCACGGCAUCCCCUGGAUCGGGGGUACCAUCCUCUGCCUGGUGAAGAGCAGCACACUGGCCGGCCAGGAGGUGCUCAUGAACCUGCUCCUGGCCCUGCUCCUGGACAUCAUGACGGUGGCCGGUGUGCAGAAGCUCAUCAAGCGACGCGGCCCGUACGACACGAGCCCCGGCCUCCUGGACUACCUCACCAUGGACAUCUACGCCUUCCCGGCGGGACAUGCCAGCCGUGCGGCCAUGGUGUCCAAGUUCUUCCUCAGCCACCUGGUGCUGGCGGUGCCCCUGCGUAUCCUGCUGGUGCUCUGGGCCUUCUGCGUGGGCCUGUCGCGCGUGAUGAUUGGACGCCACCACAUUACGGACGUCAUCUCGGGCUUCAUCAUCGGCUACUUCCAGUUCCGUCUGGUGGAGCUGGUCUGGAUGUCCUCCAACACCUGCCAGAUGCUCAUCUCUGCCUGGUGAACUGGCCGCUGCGCAUCCAGGGUGGCCAGAGAGAGGCGGCAGGAGGAAGCGGGGUCUGCAGGGGUGGGGUGAACCGGGCAGCCCCAGGGUUGGCGCCGGCCACCCCCCACUUGUCUUCCCCAUCUUGGUUGGAGGCUGGUGACCUCAGACCGGCCUGCCUUGGCGACUGGCACGUCCAGUGGUGCCAGGCCUCUUGCUCCAUUGCUUGGACUCUGCGUCUCCUGUCUAGGAGGCCCAGGGCCCACCGUGGGGACAGCCCUGCUCAGCUUCUGCUCUGGAGAUAACAGGCGGGAACCAAGAUGGCAGGAGGGGGCCGCGUCUUGUCUGGUCCUUUUAUCGUCAUGACUAUUGAGUCAGCCACGCCCAUCAUGCCACAGCACGGUGCCUGGAGAGUGCCCUCAGCCCACUGCCCAGCAUGGGUGCCAUUGCCAUUGACGGUCAGCAAUAGCUUAGAGCAGCACUUUCCAAAGGUGCCCCGCAGGCACCAGCCCACAAGAUGCUUUGGGGGAAAAGGGGUUUUAUGGUCCAAUAAAUUUAGGAAGCGCUGCACACUCUGCCCCCACGUUGGCCAUUCACAAAGGCUGUUCUUGCCAUAAAAGCUCUGACAAGUCCUGUAGAGAAGCUUCCUGCCGUACCUUAUUUAACCCCAUGUUUCCUAAACUCAUUGGACCACAGAACCCUUUUCUCGAGGAACAGCUAUUAACUCGUUUCCUCAAGUGCAUUUUGGGAGCUGCUGCUCUGGAGCUGAAGGGCCCGCUGUGUGAGCUGGCCUCUCCCAGUGCCUGGCCCUGAGCCUGGGAGACCAGGUGCCCAUGCCACAGCCUGAGGAAAGCGCUGGCCACAGCCCUGGGCAUCGGUGCAGCUUUGGCCCCCAGGGGCCAGACUCCAUGUGACCUAACAGGUCGUUUCCAAGUCAACCGUUAGUGGAUGUGCAUGUCAUGUGACAUUACAGAUGAUGUGCAGACGGAC